UCGCGGUGGACUGCCCAUGUGGGAGCUCCUUGUGGAGGAGACAGAGCUGUAGGUCUAUUUCUAUGGCACGGGCUUUUGGGAAUGCUGACGACCGAGCGUCCUUUUGGCGUCUUUUCUGUUUUUGUCAAAAUUAAAAUUGGCGCGAGAAGGAAAACGUGUCCAUCAAGUGUCUCAUAGUGUUUUUUUCUCUCCGAAAGCACUCAUUACGUGGGAUUAAUGGAGAUUUUUCGAAACAAAUCCACCCAUGCCAUGAAGCGUGACCCCGCUGGUCUCGUAUGGGACAGUUUCUUCAAUGGCGUGACGGCUGCUCAGAGUCGGUUUUAUCGUAAAGGACCGUGAUAUCCCCCAGAACAGCAGAACAGUAGCGCGCGUUCCGUCCCCUCCAGGACCUUUACUUUUUUAUUUGGAAGUUUUUGGAAAGUCCACAGCUCUACCUAACAAACUGGAUCUAAGAUGAAAAGCCACCGCUUUGCUCUUGCGGGCUUAUGGUGGAGCUCUUAUUGCAUGUUCCUCGUGGCGGGUAGCGGUAAUUUAGUUGAUUUUAACAACGAUCUUCAGCUGCAUCGGCGGCUGCGGACUCACGAAAAGCGAGAAAUGCAGAAGGAAAUCCUGUCCAUCCUCGGACUGCCGCACAGACCCAGACCGCAUCUGCUCAACGGCAAGUACAAUUCCGCGCCGCUUUUCAUGCUGAACCUGUACAACACGAUAAACAGCGAGGAGAGAAACGAAGUGGACGGCAUUUUAGAUCAGUAUAAGUCCAUGUUCACCACGCCGGGACCCCCUUUAGCCACAUCUCAAGACAACGCUUACUUGAACGACGCUGACAUGGUGAUGAGCUUCGUAAAUUUGGUGGAGUAUGACCGGGAGUUGUCUCCGCACAGAAGACACCAUAAGGAGUUCAAGUUCAACUUGUCUCAGAUCCCAGAGGGAGAGGCAGUUACAGCAGCAGAGUUCAGGAUCUACAAGGAAUGUGUGAGCAGUACUUUCCGCAAUGAAACUUUUCUACUCAGUGUCUUCCAGGUGGUGGGCGAACACCCAGACAGAGAUGCGGAUCUGUUUCUGUUGGAGUCCCGCCACCUGUGGGCAGUGGAAGAAGGCUGGCUAGAUUUUGACAUCACAGCCACCAGCAACCUGUGGGUUAUGAGUCCCCAUCACAAUCUGGGUCUACAGAUCAGUGUGGAGACCAGCAGUGGACAAAAUAUCAGCCCCAGAGAAGCAGGUUUAGUGGGCCGCGAUGGAGCUCUGGAGCGGCAGCCCUUCAUGGUGGCCUUCUUCAAGGUGAGCGAGGUCCAUGUCCGCACGGCCCGUUCCACAGGAAAACGCCGGCAGCAGAGCCGUAACCGCUCCAAUCAUCCACAGGAGGCGCACAAGGGCCCCGGACACACAGAUUAUAACAGCAGUGAUCAGAAGACGGCAUGCAGAAAGCAUGAGCUUUAUGUUAGCUUCAGAGAGCUGGGCUGGCAGGACUGGAUCAUUGCACCUGAAGGCUAUGCAGCCAACUACUGUGAUGGUGAAUGCUCGUUCCCACUGAAUGCUCACAUGAAUGCUACCAAUCAUGCUAUUGUACAGACACUGGUCCACCUGAUGAAUCCUGAAAACGUCCCAAAGCCAUGUUGUGCCCCCACCAAGUUGCACGCCAUCUCCGUGCUCUACUUUGAUGACAAUUCCAACGUCAUUCUGAAGAAAUACAAAAACAUGGUGGUACGCGCUUGUGGCUGCCACUGACUCUGAGGACGUCAUGCUAGCUUAUCCCCCACACCGCCCAGCGGCUGCAGCUCAGUGUGUGUGUGUGAGAGAGAGAAAGAGAGAGAGGUAACAACAGGAUAUGUUCCGUUUGUGAACAAAAAAAAUGAGAAAAAAUAUAUAAGGUGUGAAUGUUUGAAUGAUGGUAUGUAUUAAGCAUAGACUGAGUGUGUGUGUUUGUGUGUAUGUGUGUGUGCGCGCAUGCAUGUCCCUCUCCUUGCCCUGGCUGUACUGGAUGUGGGAUUAUAAAGGACUGUGUGAGGAAUGUGCUGCUUUCCCCCCCUCUUUCCUGUUCACACACAGUCAGUUCUCAUGUACCAGUUCCUAAUCCUGCUAAGUCCAGAAAAUAUGUACAGUGAUAUCUGAAUACAGAGCCGGUGCCUAGAACAGUGAACUGUCACUGAAACAUAUUAGCCAAAAUUCAUUCUAUAUUUUAUAAAAGUAUUUAUUCUGUAUUUGACUAACCAAAGCUUGAUUUUAACAUCUGAGACUGUCAAAACCUAAUCAUGUCCUGAUACAGCCACAUAUUAGAUAGAUAUAUUUUUAUUUUUCCUGUUUUGUAUGUUUUAUACAGUUGCUCACCCAUCCAAAAAAUACAACAGCUGAACUUGGUUGAACUCUUUUUAGGUCUUAAUAAAACGACUUAUUUUUAUUCUCUCAAUAUUUGCUCUACACUACCCAUGGUUUGCUGUAGCCAGCCAGAGAAAGUGGUCACAGUUAUCAAACGAACCAAAACAACAGAAAUAUUAUUCUCAAGCUCUGAGGACAGAACCGUUCUAUUCUUUGCUAGCCUCAUUCGCAGUACCACAAAUCUAUCAUUUUUCAUGCAACACCUGCCUUUGGCCAGCUUACAGCUAAAACACGCCACAAAUGUAGCGAGGAGUUACAGUUAAUUUCAUCUCUUUAGCAGAGCUGCUUCCAAAAGCCCUUUUUUCAGAGUCCGUUUCCUCAAAUGAGCCCUUGGUUUUCCAGCCAUCUUGUGUCAAUAUUUACUAUUUGUGACUUCUGGUUGUCAGGUGUUUCAUAUGACUGCAAGCACUGUUCAACGGUACAAGCAUAAUCUCCUCUAACACGUUGCAGAUAGAUUUGUUUUUUGCAACCAGCCACACAGUCAUAUACCUCUAGUAAACUGCUGUUUACAUAUUUUCUCAUGUCUAGAUGUCUAUGUAAAUACUUGUAUAUUUUCUAGGUUAUUUAUUGCACCUCUUCAGAAACAUCUCUCAAAUUUAAAUGACAGUAAAGUAACAAUUGCAACAGCUACGUUUGGAAAAAAGCAAACAUUUUAUUAUGAAAUUUGUAUUACAACUUUCAGUGUUUUCUUUUUGUACAAAAAUCCAUGGGCAGUGUGUAGCCCACAAAA